UGGGACGCCGGUGAAAACAGGGCGCCGGAGGGCAUAUUAGUCACGUGGUAUUUUGAAGUUCUCCCCCUACAGCGGCCUUCUACAUGCUAAACGUCACGUGUAAAUUUCACGAACCUUGAUCAAAUCGCCCCAGGCGCCCUGUUUUCACCGUCGUCCGAAAAUUGCGACACGCGUCGCGCGGGCGCCACGUGGAAAAGUGCGAAGGUAGAGCGGAAAAUUAAAAAAUCCACAGUGUAUAUAAAAAAAUAAGUUGGAGUGAAGUUGAUCAGGAAUUGCUGGUGAUCAGUUCCAGUUGGUGGCGGUUUUUAUCAGCUUCUGUCUCGAAGAACAAUAAGGUUAUAAAUGGGCGUUUCGGUCGGCCGGCCGCUGUGUACCGCCAUGUCGGGUCCGGUUGCGCGCGCCUGCCGCCCCGUGGUGCUGUGCGGCCCCUCGGGCGCCGGCAAGUCCACGCUGCUGGGCCGGCUGCAGACCGAGUUUCCGGGCCUGUUCGGCUUCUCCGUGAGCCACACCACGCGCCAGCCGCGCGCCGGAGAGAAGGACGGCGUGCACUACCACUUUGUGACGCGCGAGGCCAUGCUCAAGGCCAUAGAGGACGGCCAGUUCAUCGAGCACGCCGAGUUCAGCGGCAACCUGUACGGCACCAGCAAGGCCGAGGUGGAGCGUAUCGACAGAGGUGGCGCCAUCUGCAUCCUGGACAUUGACGUGCAGGGCGUGAAGCAGGUGAAGCAGUCGGACCUGAGCCCUCACCUGGUCUUCAUCCGGCCGCCCAGCAUGGACGAGCUGGAGCGCCGUCUCAGAAACCGUAAGACGGAGACGGAGGAGACUCUACAGAAGCGUCUGGCGGCGGCCGCGGCCGAAAUGGAGUACGGCCAGACGCCGGGUAACUUCCACGCCACCGUGAUCAACGACGAGCUGGACCACGCGUACGAGCAGCUGCGCCGUAUUCUGCUGCCCAUCAUCGAGCAGAAAAAGGCCAACGGCGCGGCGCCCUCGUAAGGCGGCGCGGAAACGGAGGCCGCCCGCCGAGACCUGCUGUACAAACCGAUACAUACAGACAGACUCCUGAGCCGGAUUCAGAAGUACGUGAUACGAGCGAUCUUCAUCUGGACUAGUUCGGACGACGUCAGGUCAGCACCCCUCCUCCACAGCCAAAGUUGAUCGCCGUCUGCGCGCGACCUGACCAAGACAUGCACCGUUUUCGCCGUGCCAUUUCGACGUCCGCUCAGGGUUAUUUGAGGGCAGCAGGUCUGUUCCACCACGUGGGCCCCCGUUCUCCGACCGGUAGUUUGUUGUUAGCGUUCGCUGUUAUCACCGACACAAGUGAUCACACUAUCCACCGGCCGUCAGUGGAUUCAGUUGGCCUCGCUGGCCUCAGUAGUUUUAGGUGCGGCACUCAUUUUAGUGACUCGCCGGAGUUCCGGAUAAAGCGGAGUGUCGAGUUACAAAUGGAAUGAGGGCGGUACAGUCUCUAGUUCAGGACGAGUUGAGGUAGUGGCCUGUGGUUUGCAGUCUUGGUGGUGGAAUAACGUUUCGAGGUCGAUUUGGGGUGGCUGCAGGGUGGUAACAGUCGCUGGGUUUCUAGUUUAUUUUUGACUUCCCUUUAAGUCAGAAACAAUGCAAACGCUUCGAUGCGGCUUUUUGCUUUGGAAGUGUCUUUGGAAGCGGGUGGGAUAGCUUUAGCUAACUGUGGUGCACACUGUUUCGCCGUUGCAUCCACAAUGCGGGUUUUCCGUUUUCAUGUCGUUCUCAACUGCAUGUUGACGUGUGUCCAAAACUGGCACCUGGGUGUUGUGGCCAACAACAGAUCUAUCUAACACGGGUUACGUGGGAAGGCGGGGAGAAGCAGUUCACGUGCGCGAGCCUGAAACGCUAGUUGCUACGGUUGUACACUGCUUCACACGGGGGACCAACCAGCCACAUGCUUCCACUUGGCUAUUAGCUUUGCGACUAACAUUUAUGCAUGAAUGUCCGAUGACCACAUUUUCUGUCAAAUAUUUAUUCAGUACAGACAAUAACGUUUCAUUGCUGCUUUGUUCAAAAAAGCUGGUGUAGAUAACGGCUCACGAAUGACUUGCGCUAAGCAGGAAGUGAUAAGAUAAGUAUUACGUUUGACAGCUUGUCUUGCCUAAGUCAGGAAAUGUUAUUGUUGAUGGUUGAUGUGACACCUGAUUCUGCGCGGCGUUGUUCGAUGACGAAAUUAUGAGCACACUUUAGACCCACAAUGCGGUAUCUUCAACUGUCAACUUUACCGCUAUUUGUAUUUUUUAUGUUAUGAAUACUUCCUGCUUUGUUACGUUUCUUACUUAUCCUGGACUAUUGAGGCCGACAGGUUGUAGGCGCGUUGACUGGUUUUCACGCUCUGCUCAGUACCGUGAUGCAUCUUAUUAGCAGAAUCUGUUUCUGCAGACCGUUGGAUGUGGCUCACCGACCGGGCAUACGCUUUGCAACAGUUCCUUUUUGCGUGAUUUUUGUGUGUGCUUGGUUUUAUGCUUGACGGCAUUAUUUGGUUGUAAAAAUGCGUGCCAUUUGCUAGCUCAAUCGUUUUUUCGAAAUAUUUUAGUUAAUGGUUGUGAGAUGCCACCAAACCUAAAGCGAGAUGUUGUUCGAGCCAUCGUUUUUUUUUGUGUGUGCUCAUUUCUAGUAAUUGAGGCACGGAAUGGUAGCAAGCCGCUUAAUUUCCACAAUAUCUGUGGAAUACCAUCAAGUGCGGACUUGCACGUGGAGCCCAAGCAAGUGUAGUAGCGGUGAUGUAUGUGACUGCGUUUCACGUUCACCGCGCGUUGCACCAUGUGUAGCAAUAAAUAACAUUCAUGA